AUGUCUGUCGAAAUUGCUCAGUUCCACAGCCAAGUCGAGGCUCUCGUCGAGCAGUUCGACGUGCUAUCCAAGAUCAAGGCAAUUCAGGAGGGAGGUGAUGUCCGUUCAUCUGUCCCUGUGACCAUCUCCGUCACUACCGACGCCACCAUCAGUCUCCUCGAGGACAAGUCAACCAUCAGCGAGUCGACCGAAGCCCCGAAGAGCCUCUCCAAGGGUGACAAGGCCUCCUUCAAGAUCACUCAGGGUGACGAACUCAAGUACACUGCCACUGCCGGUGGUCUCACGGCCGACUUUAAGAUCGUCUUCGACGUCGACAAGAGCGCACCUAAAUUGAAGCUCAGCGACGAACUUGAGGCCGACGACGCCCCAAUUGGAUUCGAGACCACCAAGACUGAGACUAAGACGGAGAUCGAAAUCGAACGCGAGGUCGAGGUGGAGAAGGAAUGGACCAAGGGCAAGAAGCCAGAGAGGAAGACUAGCAAGGAGACUAAGCACGAGGCAAAGGCUGGUCCUUACUCGCUCCAGCACGAGGUCGAGACCAAGUUCAAGCAGGAGAAGGACAAGAGCGAGGCGGAAACCGAGACUGAGAUUGAGACUAGCAGCAAGACGGUCGUGGUUGAGUAUGUUAUCUACUAA